AUGUCGUCAUUAUCAUCAUCAAAGAUUCCAUUAAAAUCAUUAUAUCAUUCACAGGCAACAUCAUCAGUAUCUUCUAAUUUUAUAUCUAAACCAAAAUUUAUUUGGCGUUUUCCACCAUCCAGAUUUGAUCAUUUACCUAGUUGUACUUCAAAACGAUUAUCAACAUUUAAUAUUCAACCAUUAAAUAGUGAUGAUGAACUUAUUCAACGACAAGAAUUAGCUUUACUUAUUUAUGAACUUGGUUCACAUCUUAAUGUAUCAUUUACUUGUAUUUAUAUGGGUGUUGUUUAUAUGCAUAGAUUUUUUAUGCUACAUCCAUUUCAACAAUGUACUAAAGAAUCUGUAGCAGCAGCAUGUCUUUUUCUUGCCUGUAAAGUCAAUGAAAUGCCACGACCAUUAAAUGAUUUUACUCAACAUUUGUGUCAACUUCUAAAUCAAAUACAUAAUAAUACUAAAGAUAAUUUAUCACCAUCAUCAUCAUCAUUAACAACAACAGUUAUUAAUAUUACAUCUGAAAUUCUAUUAAAUUAUAAUCAACAAAUAAUUGAUUAUGAAAAUAUGUUAUUAUCUACUCUUGGUUUUUGCCUGAAUGUUGAUCAACCAUAUAUGAUUAUAACACGAACUUCUCAAACAUUAUCAAUACCAAUGGAAAUAACCCAAAAAGCAUAUGAAUUUGCUACUAAAUCGUAA